AUGUCGCUCACAUGCUUGCAAUCCAAAAACUUGACAAAACCUGAGACUUGGCCUACAAUUUUUUCAACUUUUCAUACCGAAGCAAAAUCAUGUCUUUUUAUGAAGCAGUUAACAACUAAUUGUAUUUCAACUAUUUUAUAUCUAAGAAAAGUAUUUCCAGAUAAUUAUUUUGAAUUAGUGAAUUGCGAUGAAGUGACAUUUUAUCUUUUAAAAUUUGAAAAUCAAAACAAAAAUAUAGACUACGUAGAAAAAUGGUUGUUGGGAGCGUUUGAUGCGAUUGAAAAAAAAUACCUUUUUAAAAUGUGUAAUGAAGCUAUAAGUAAUUUUAACAACCUACCAGCACAAUAUACUCUUUCAGUACGUUUGUCUUAUUAUGAAAACACUCCUACAAAUACCAAACUCGAGGAUAUAAAAACGGGGAAAUCAAUUGAUCAUUUAAUCCCAAAGGAUAAAACAAGCACUCAUAUUGCCUAUUAA